CUCGGCCCGUUGGGAGCGCGCCGGGAAACCCCGUGCAAGCGCGGCCGCCAUCUUGGGGAAAGAGUGAAAGCCAGAGCCGAUAGGGAAACAGAGAGACAGCGGCUUCCGGAGGCUGAGGGAGAGACUGACUGAGAUCGGCAGCCGGCUGCAGGGAAGGGAGGGGCUGGCACAUACCGAACAGACUUGUUCAGUUAAAGAUUACAAAUCCUGUUUGUGUCACAGUAAUUUAUAAGGGCCACAAUGGCAACUGCACCUUACAACUACUCGUACAUCUUUAAAUACAUAAUCAUCGGUGAUAUGGGAGUGGGGAAGUCCUGUCUGCUGCACCAGUUCACGGAAAAGAAAUUUAUGGCAGAUUGUCCUCAUACAAUCGGGGUAGAAUUUGGCACUCGAAUUAUUGAAGUUAGCGGCCAGAAAAUUAAACUGCAAAUUUGGGAUACAGCCGGCCAGGAAAGGUUUCGUGCUGUGACUCGGAGCUAUUACAGAGGAGCUGCAGGAGCACUUAUGGUCUAUGAUAUCACUAGGAGAAGCACAUACAAUCAUUUAAGCAGCUGGUUGACGGAUGCACGGAAUCUCACCAACCCUAACACUGUUAUCAUUCUUAUAGGAAAUAAAGCGGACCUUGAAGCCCAGAGAGACGUUACUUACGAGGAAGCUAAACAGUUUGCAGAAGAGAAUGGUCUUUUGUUUCUUGAAGCAAGUGCAAAAACAGGUGAAAAUGUGGAAGAUGCUUUCUUAGAGGCAGCCAAGAAGAUCUACCAAAAUAUCCAAGAUGGCAGCCUGGAUCUAAACGCUGCAGAAUCUGGAGUACAACACAAACCUUCUGCUCCCCAAGGAGGACGGCUAACCAGCGAACCUCAACCCCAGAGAGAAGGCUGUGGCUGCUAAUGAAAUCUCCGUGGUGGCUGUUUCCGACUUUUCCACUCCUGUCUGUCUGAUGCAGUAUUUUUUUUUUACUGCCCCAUUAUCUUCUGUACAUCGUACUGGUUUAAAUUAAGGGGGGGGAGGGACUCUGCUAAGACGACAGUUUAACACAAUACUAAACUGCUCCAUAACUAGAUGUAUUCAGGUUAUCAAAGCAAGUCGAGUAAUAAACACACAAACAACCUUUUUCCUGCAUGGUAUUAACGGUAACAUUUAUUUUCCUUAAUUGUCUUUGUGAUGUCUGCAAUCAAUUGUUUAAAUAUAAGCACUGAUGCUGGACGUUGAUUUGCUGCGGGCGCCGUCUUAAAGUUUAAUUUUUCUCGUAACUAAGCCUUUCCUUCUGUGACUUGUUAACUCUGUCCACAGUAGCCAAUAGGUUUAUUUGCUGUGAAUGUACUACAUGGUUGACGAGGGGAUCCUGUAACUGUUUUUUUUUUAUUUCUCUUUUGGGGCUACAACUACUUCUGUCUUAAUUUUUGAUGGACUUUUUCUUUCUUCCUCCCAUUUCUUUAUAAAUAUUUUUCCUUGUCUCUCGUGUUCCAUAGCUUUCCUUUUUUUAUGUAAAGAUUUUAUCCUUUACCCCCAACAAUUAUGUAAAACAAAACAAAGAAAAAUAUAAAUAAAAAAAUCUAAACAUAACUCAAUGAUAUUUCCAGAGCUCCAAGCUAACAUUCUGUGUAUAUGAAUAUGAUUUUAAUGAAGACAAUAAAUUGAAUACUGGCAUUAGUAUAUGAAGAUGUCACUUUGUACAGUAUGUUGCCCAUUUCCAGAUGUAGCACACUAGAUGUAAUUGCUUAUUUAUAAAUGCUUGGGCUUUUUGGGGGAAGAAAAAAAAAAACCCACUUUUUUUUCCCCAACUUUUGCACUGUGGCUUCUAUUGUGAGGUUUAGAUUUCCUAUGGUUGAUUAAGCAGCCGCCUCCUGUUUUUUUGGUUUCUCCCCCCCCUUUCAUUCUGCCUUACAAUGUAUAGAUAAACUAAAGGCUGGGCUGAUUUAUUGCACAUAUUACCCAUCAUCCCCCCUUUUACUGCAAUAUGUUUAAAUAGACUUACAAGUUCCGCUUCUUUUAAGAUGAUCAGUUUUUAACACUAAAGUAGGAUGGUUUGUAUAACAAAGUGUUUUGUUCUGAGCCCAUAGCCUGUUCAUUUGUCAUAUUUCCAAAUGCAGAGUUUCUCUUGAUAAACUGCUUUACUCCUAGUGUACACUAUUGCUCCAAUCAGCCUUUACAGCGAAGUACAUGAGAUUUGUUCUGACUACAGGAAGUGUGUAAUAUCAGGUUUUUAGUAUAUAAAGAAGCUGUUUUUUUUUUGUUUUGUUUUUUAAAGUAGGUAAACAAAAAUGCAAAGUCCUCUCUAGCAUGAACUUAGCAAAAUAGGCUUGUACCAUAGCAGCAACUGCCUGAAAGUGUCAUUUCUAAUAAAUCCGAUAUUAGUGGUGGGGGGGUUCUGUUUUGCGCCUGGCACUGAGGGUAGUUAAACUUGCCACUGAGCGUAUGAGACUGUUGUACCAAAAACUGGAACAUGAUUAUAGCUUAAUUAUAUUGUGCAGUCCCUACCUAUAUAUAUUCUUUAUUAUGGGAGUCUCCAGGUCCAAUCAUUGUGCAUACUGUUAAGAGGGUUAAUGCAUUUCACCAUCCAAAAAACAAACAAA